UCACUUGUGAAGUGGAGCACUCUCAGAUCUGCAGUCUCACUGCAUCCUUAGGGAUGUAUCCAGAAGAUGUUUAAAAGGAAAUCCCUAAGCAAGGAGCUGGAUGAAUUCAUUCUGGAGCUGUUUCUUCCAGGAUUCCACAAGUGUCAGCCAUACAACAUAUCAUCUGGAAUAAGCUCUCACCCUCCAGAUAUUACAGUCUUACCCUAAAAUACUUCAGCCCUCCCUCCUGCAGUCAGCUGCUGUGCCCACAGCUCACCGCUUCUCCUGGGCGCUGCACGUCCAGGCUGGUGGAGGUGACCCUUCUGGAUCUAUCUCUAUGCCCUGUCCCAUAGGAGCUGCUGCCACAUUACAUGAGGGCUGCCCGGUCCUGACCCUGCCCAGUCUCAGUGACCCUGGACAGGCAUGGCAGCUCCUGACACUACCCGGAUCUCUGCGGUGGAAAUGGAAAAGUACUUCAGCCUCCAGCAGGCAGCCUCCCUCCUGGAAACCAUUCUGGAACAAACGGCAGCUCCUAUCUGCGCUAAAGACAUCACGGAUCUCUUGAUGAAAGACCUUGCCUUUUUGUCUGGCGGUCGAGGAAAAGAUAACGACUGGAUCAUAACUCUUCCAGAAAAUUUGACAUUCAAUGACGUUCCUGAAUGUGAUCUCCAGAAUAUACUGACUUACUUAACUUCCAUUCCAAGCAAACAAGAAAGGGAUGUUAAAUUCAUUAUCCUGUUAGACAGAAGACUGGAUACCUGGACGUCUAUAAAACUAGCACUGCAGAAAUUAUCCCAUUCAUUUCCUGGGAACUUGCAUCUAGUUCUGGUUCUACGGCCCACAGGAUUUUUCCAGCGCACCUUCACAGACAUUGGAUUUCGGUUCAGCCAGGAGGAUUUCAUACUCAAACUGCCGGUUGUUAUGCUGAGCUCUGCUUCUGACUUGCUAAAUUAUAUCGAUGAAAAGCAACUUACACCAGAGUUUGGAGGAACAUUGCAAUAUCGCCACUGUGACUGGAUUGUCUUCCGAACAGCUAUUGAGGGUUUUGCACUGACAGUAAAAGAAAUUGCCCAGAGGCUACAGGCUUUCGGCACUGAACUGGCUGAGACAGAGUUACCUAGUGACGUGUAUUCAAUUGAGCGUAUGCUGGCAAAUCGCAUUGAAAAAUACUGCCAACUGAAGGAUGGUAUUACAGCUGUGAUGAAGGAAGGUAGACUGCUUCUGAACAGUUUUGAAAGUCCAAACACCAGCUUUAUUGAUGAAAAGGAGUGUGAAAAGAAUGGAGACUGGGAAACUGUCAACAGGUUGCUUGCCCAGUUACAUGAAAUGGAAAAUGCGUUUGAUGGGUUUUGGGAGAAACACCAGCUUAAAAUGGAGCAAUAUUUAGAACUUCUGAAGUUUGAACAACAUUUCCAAGAGCUGAAAAACACAAAUGAUUAUUUGGUGGCACAACAAGUGAACGUUCCAGAUACAGGAGACAAUGUUUCAGAAGUCAGACAAAGAUUACUGGAUUUGAAUAUUCUAGAAGAAAACUCACAGGAUUUAAUAGCAAGAUGUCAAAUUGUAAUUUUACAUGGACACCAGCUUGCUGCAAAUCAUCAUUAUGCACUGAAUCUAAUAUGCCAGCAAUGCAAUGAAUUAAGGUACAUGUCGGACACCUUGUUGGAGUCGAUAAAAAAGAAGCAAGUUCGACUUUCUACAACCCUUGAUCUCCUCAUGCAAUUGCAGCAGGCCCUUGAAUGCUGUGAUAAAGGUGCAUAUUUUCUAGCUAAUCAACAAAUGGACAAGUGUCAGUCAAAGGAGGGGGCCCAGAAAGCUCUCUAUGAUGUUGAGAAGUUCCUAGACAACUCCAGCUCCUACUUAGAUUACAAUCCUCAAACCUUGCUGCAUGAAUAUGAACCUAUUUUAACAGAUGAGCUAAAGAACCAGAUUCAAGUUGUUAACCUCAAGAUUGAAAAUGUUCAAGGACUGUUUGAUAACAGGCAAGCGUGUCUCAAGAAAUUGGCUGACAAACAAAUAAGGCCGGUCCAAUUGGUAGCUCCUCGCCCCGAAAACCCUCCUAGGGCAAAAUCACCUCUUUUCUCUCCAAAACAUGGUAUGGAUUUCAAUUCUACUCUGAAGUUCUCUUUUGACAUAACAUUGCCAGGAAAGAAAACAACAAGAAAAAUGCAAACAACUCGCAAAAUCGAAGUAAUGCAUGAUUACCAGGAAAAACGAAACUCUCUACAAUUGUUUAUUUCAGAAAGUGAGGACAGCCUGGACACUCUUAAAGGGCAUGUAAUCCAUGAAUUAAUAGAAACAGAACGGAUUUAUGUAGAGGAACUUUACACUGUUUUAUUGGGAUACAGAUCUGAAAUGGAAAACCCAACAAUGACGCAUUUCAUGCCACAGACGCUGCGAAAUACCAAAAACAUUCUUUUUGGAAACAUGCCAGAGAUAUACGAAUUUCACAAUAAGAUAUUCCUACAAAGUCUUCAAAACUGCAUUGGUGCUCCAGAGAAAGUUGGGUUCUGUUUUCUUGAAAGGAGGGAGGAUUUUCAGAUGUAUGAAAAAUACUGUCAAAAUAAGCCACGUUCAGAUUCCCUCUGGAGGCAGUUUUCAGACAGUGUUUUUUUUCAGGAAUGCCAAAAGAAACUGGAACACAAACUAGGGUUGGACUCAUAUCUACUUAAACCAGUUCAACGCUUAACUAAAUACCAGCUGCUGUUAAAGGAAUUGCUGAAGUACAGUAUGAAUUCCGAUGGAAUUGAAGAAUUACAAGAAGCCCUUGUUUCUAUGUUAGAUUUAUUAAAAUCAGUGAAUGAUUCUAUGCAUCAGAUUUCUAUAACUGGGUACAACGGGGACAUUAAUGACUUAGGACGAAUACUAAUGCAAGGCUCCUUUAGCGUGUGGAUCUCUCAUAAAAAAGGUCCCACAAAAAUGAAGGAACUCACUCGUUUCAAGCCGAUGCAAAGACAUCUCUUUCUCUAUGAGAGAGCUCUUGUAUUUUGUAAAAGAAGAGAAGACCCUGGAGAUGGACAUAAUAAAACUCCUUCAUAUAGUUUCAAGCACAUUUUAAAAAUGAAUGCUGUUGGAAUUACGGAAAACGUGAAGGGAGAUAACCGAAAGUUUGAAAUUUGGUAUAGCGGAAGAGAAGAGGUUUACGUUGUACAGGCCCAGACAGCAGAACAGAAGCUCGCCUGGCUCAAUGAAAUCAGAAAAAUAUUGACCAAGCAGCAAGAACUCAUCAAAGUUGAGAAACUGAAACAGAGUCCAUUCUCGGACCAGAGUCUUCUGUCCCCACAAGUUAAUGAAAGGAAGUACCAGAGAACGUCUGUUAGUUCAGAAGAAAAUGAUUCUGAAAACACCAGCCCUUUAAUGCUAGAAAGUUUAAAUCUGUCACCUCAACACAAAUCGUCCAGAGUGUAUACAGACUGGUCAGGAAUGUCCCAAUCUUUGGAAAUCUGUGAGGGACUUGAGGGUUGGUCAAGUAAUCACUGUUCAUGUACCUGUUCCGAUACAGAAGAGGAGGAUACACUUCAGCUGUCCCCAGGUAAAUACAAAGCACUUGCUGACUGCAAGAAAAGAGGCUCAGAAGAUAUUCUGGUCAGAAAUGGAGAUGUUAUUCAGCUUUUGCAGGAAGACUCUGAGGGGCAGUGGUUGGUAAAGAAUUUGAACAGAAAAAAGGAAGGCUGGAUUCAUGGAAACAACUUACAGAUCGUCAUUGGAGAAUGCAGAAUCCGAGCAUCAAAAAUGUCAGAUACUGUCCUGUGCACUCCACGGAAACUAAGUUCUCCAUAGGCGGAAAAACUGAUUUAACACCGUGUUCUCAAGAAAUAUUAAAAAAAAACGAAUUAAUGUUACAGCAAUUGCAACUACAUCAAACUCAUCUGUGAUGGUCUUCCAAGAACAUUUUUCAUAAUGACAUGAAUUCUAUUAACAACCUCAUUUUAUAAUAUAAACAGUGUUUGGAUUGGACCAAUUUUACCAUGCUUCAUGGCUCAUCUUUUCUUUUUAAUAUUGGAAAACUGAAUAUUUUUAACAACGUGUAAAUAGGUAUGCAGACAUUCCUAGAGAAUUCAUUCCAGGCCUAAUUCUUGUUUUGCCCAUUUUAGAGUAAAACCUUUACACUUGAAGCUUUGUGACUGUUUUGUGCCCGUUGAUGAGGAUUCAUAUCGUAGGCCUGUUUGAAUUUUAUCUUUUUCAUUUGAAGCAAGCUUUACAUCGGUUUGAAAAUUGCACGUUGACUGCCACAACCUGCACUUUGUGGUGAAAUGUGACACAUACAAUUAAAAUGUUAGUCAUCCUUUAGUUAAAUGUAUCUCCAUGCUUUUAGA